AUGACGUCCAAGUGCUGGUUUGUUCUGCGGCAUCACCACUACCCGCCGCCAACGUUUACAAAGAGCGGAUCUAAACAGACAGGGGGGCCACUGCGCCUUGGGCACAUCAUCCCCGAUCUUCAACGCCUGGACAAUGUUAUCAACACCAAAAAUGGCCCGCUAGAAUUACCGUCUGAUAUGCCAAUAUAUCCGACCAAGAGUUGGGAUCUGACGUGGAACAUUAACCAGGGUCGAGAAUGGAACGCAUCAGUCAGUGCCGGCGUCCCCAUAGCUGCGGCAGCUGGCAUUACGAUAAAGGCCGAUGCUGGUGUCGCUUUUCAGCACUCUGUACAGAAUUUCUGGGAAUUCGAGUCCCUGGACACGUACAUUAUUCAACCAGUAAAUGAAUACGUGGAGGACUGUUUAGAAGAUGACCAGGUCGCAUCCUACCUGCAGAAGCAUAAGCACAUUAUUACGCCGUCGGUCUUUAUGAUUACAGGAUUGAUCAUUGCCAGAGGAGCAGAGGUCAAGAGCUCAGCGACAGAUGGUGUCGAGGUACAUGGUGGACCAGGAGUGGAGCUCCCCGCCAUUGUCGAACUUGGAUCAGACCUUGGUAAAAAGAAUGAAACAUCGAUAUCUUCCACAGCAAAGCGAGUGAGCGAUUUCGUCUGGGCAGUGAGGCUGGCCAAGAUUUCAAAGGGACUACUCGAUCGUACCUGGUCACACCAGACAUUCGCCAAAGGAGCUACGUUUGGUUUAGAUGAAGAGCAAGACCAGGGGGAGAUAAUUCGCCAGAUAUUGAGUAAAGAAGGACUUGGUGACAAUUUUCAUCUAAACAUGGAGGACGAUGGAUCAGCAUUCGUGGUACAGCCAACUGAAAAAGUUGACGACGGGAUAACAGAUAGACCUUGA